UAGAUGCGGUCGCAGUUUUGCAGCACGGACUAUGCUUUUAAGCUCUUCACCCAUGGAUAACAACAAUAAAUCUACCCGACGCUUCGGGUUCUUGAUGUUCGACAAUGAUGCUGCUAUCUCGAAAUCCUCGAUGAAACAAGUCCACGUCUCCCACAUCUUGGUGGCUGGGACGUUUUUCGGAAACGGUGUAAUGCUAUCCCAACGGAUGGCACUUUCCGCAUUAGCAUCAGAAAUGUUGACAGUCAGGAGCAAUGACCGAAUAGUGUGCGAAUUGGUGUUCAACAUCGCCAAACUGCUCUUCUUCGACUUGAUGAACGGAAGGAGCACGUACCUACGUUCCUUCAUGGAUAAGCUUAUCCGAAUCAACACCUGGAGUAGCAGAUGGAGCACGCACAUAUCUUCCUGGAGAUGACAUUCUACCUCUUGCUGUAUUUUUGAGACCAAUAAUACAAAGACGCAAUUUAGCUUAAUAGAACU